AUGGAAGUUUCUGGUCGAAGGUCGUCAAAUGACAAAGACAAAAACUUAAGUUUAUCGAGAGGUUCAGCAGAUGACUUUGAGUUUUCAUGUCAGCCAUGCGCUGGUGAAGGACACUAUGUGGAAGCCGCGGGAUUCUGUCAAAAUUGUCAGGAGUAUUUAUGCAUAACCUGUUACAAAUAUCACUGUAAACCAACCCCGAGUAGACACCAUGUUCUUCUGGAUAAGCGUAACAUGCCUAAAGACAGGGCACCACCAUCGUCGGCUAAAUAUGGAUGUACUUUGACAUGUACAAAACAUGCUGCGGAAAUUAUAAAGUUUUUCUGUAAGCAGCAUGAUGCAGUUGGAUGCGGAGAUUGCAUGGUUCUGGAUCAUAAAUCGUGUAAUAUCGAUUACAUUCCCGAUAUUUCUAAGGAUUUUAUAGAUGGUGAGGAAUAUCAACAGCUCGUUACAAGGGCUAAGCAGCUUGAGAACAAUGCUAAAUCGCUGAAAAAAGAGGUUGAAGAAAAUGGUAAAGAAGUUAAUAGACUUUAUGCUAAAGCUGUAGGGGAUAUUCGAGCGUUUCGAAAACAAGCAGAUAAAUAUUUGGAAGAUAUGGAACGAAAACUACUGGAUCAAUGUGAAACACUGAAAAUGAAAACUGACACAAUGUUAAAGGCCGUUGAAAAUGAGUUACAACCGAUGAAACUCGAACUCGAAAACAUCCAUUCAAAGCUUUCUUCACAAGCGAAACAGUCCGGUGAUUUAUUUGUGCAAGCGAAACAAAUAAGUUUUCGCGUAAAGAACAUAGGAGAGGAACUGAGAGUUCUGGACGAGAAAAAUGAGCCCAGUAUGUGUACAUUCGAGAAAAACAAUAAAGUCCUAGAAUAUUUUAAAACGAAACAAGGUUCACUCGGUGAUCUUAGACCAAAACAAAUAAGAAAUCGACAUCAAAUCAUGUCUCCAAGGCGUCUCCAAGAUUUAACACCAACUCUUAUUGGAGAAGUCAGUGUAAAAUCUUCUACUGAUAGUAUUGGUUGUCGGAUCACAGGAAUGGUAGCUGUAGCUCCUGAUACACUUGUGUGCACUGAUUAUCACAAUUACUCGGUUAAGCUGAUUGAUAUCAAAUCUGAUAAAAUUACUUCUGAGCUCAAACUUACAGCUGGACCUUUUGAUAUAACAUACGUUUCAGACGAUCAGCUAGCAGUUACUGUGACAAAUGAGAGAAAGAUAUAUCUCUUGUCCUUUAGAAAUGGACUGUCAAAGACUCGCGACUUUGUUGUAAAUGGAAGAUGUUUUGGAAUAGCCUACAGCAAUGACAGGCUUGUUGUAUCUUAUAUCAGACCUCAAAAAGUGGAGAUUCUGAGUCUUGAUUGGGAAGUUAUACAGAGGAUUGAUACUGACAGCAGUGGGAAGGCUUUAUUUUGCAUUCCGAAGUACGUAGCUGUAGACCGUGAUUGUAACAGUAUUUUCGUUUCUAAUUUCAUGGAUCAUUCAGUGACUAAGCUCACUACAUCCGGAAAGGUACUCGAUAUAUACAAAGAUUCAAACCUCUCAUACCCGACAGGAAUUGCCGUUUACAGCGACGGGUCAGUGCUAGUUUGCAACUCAGGAAAGGACAAUUUACAUCUGCUGUCACCAGAAAACAAGAAAAUAAAGACUGUAGUGAACAAGACAGAGGCGCCCCAGGCCUUGUGCUUUAAUAGAGAAUCAGACUCACUUUUUCUGAGUUACCACGGAUCAAAAUGUAACACAAUUCUCAAGUACAAACUUACUUAA